CGCUGUCGUAUAUUUUGCAGAAUCACCAUGGCGUUGAAAGAAACCGCAGGGCUGUAUGAGACACUCAAAGCGGAGUGGAACAAGAAAAACCCAAAUCUGAGUAAAUGUGGAGAGCUUCUGAGUAAACUUAAGAUUUCCUUACUGGAGCUGAACUUUUUACCUACCGGUGGGUCCGCUCUGACAAAGCAGCAGCUCAUUUUAGCUCGUGAUGUCCUCGAAAUUGGAGCCUUGUGGAGCAUCCUCAAGAAAGACAUCCCAUCCUUUGAGAGAUACAUGGCCCAACUAAAAUGUUACUACUUCGACUACAAGGAUGAACUGCCUGAAGCUGCCUACAUGCACCAGUUGCUUGGACUGAACUUGCUGUUCCUGCUCUCACAGAACCGUGUGUCUGAGUUUCACACAGAACUUGAACGACUGAGUGCACGAGACAUUCAGACCAACGUGUACAUCAGACACCCAGUGUCCUUAGAACAGUACUUGAUGGAGGGAAGCUACAACAAGGUUUUUCUUGCCAAAGGGAACAUACCUGCCGAGAGCUACACAUUUUUCAUAGAUAUCCUGCUUGACACCAUUCGAGAUGAAAUUGCAGGUUGCAUAGAGAAAGCAUAUGAGCAGAUCCAGUUUGGAGAAGCUACACGUGUGCUGUUCUUCAGUUCUCCAAAAAAGAUGACAGAGUAUGCCAAGAAGAGGGGAUGGAGUUUGAGCCAAGAUGGCUAUUACUCUUUCACCAGUCAGCAGCAACGGACAGAAGAGGUGACCAUUCCCUCAACAGAGCUGGCACAACAGGUCAUUGAAUAUGCACGACAGCUGGAAAUGAUUGUGUAAUCCGCCCCCAGGAACACACUCAGCCAUGUACAGACACACUCAGAUGCUCACGCCGCUGAUCCAGUAUACAUCCAGCCAGUGCAAACACAAUUUCCCUGAGGAAUAUGAAUGCACUGAUUAUCAGAGGGGUUGACAAUUUGCCAUUUCUUGUAAAUUAAAUGCCAUUUAUAUUGGAUUCUUAAACCUGUCUGAAUGUCCCCCCUGUAUGGCAGUUUCUUCUAUUUUAAAGGAUGGGAAACAAAUUAUCACAGAGGAACAGCCUUUUCAGUAGUUACCUUUAAUGAAGAUAUUUAAGAGUUAGUUACUUAUCCUAUCAAAGAUAUCUCCAGUAUACAACUAAGUUAAGCUUUUUUUAUGGGUUACUCCCAGCUGGUGAUUAAAAACUUGCAUCCUUCAUGUUCAUAUACUAUGAGGAAUACUUUUGGGUCCCAAAAGUGUUACAAGUUUAAUCUCAAUCACCAUGCUCUGACUUUGCCUUACAGUGUCACAAAAACUAUCAAUACCAUACAUUAUUUCCCCCCAGGAUACAAGCAAACUCUUUUUUGUACACAAAGUUCAUUUUUCCCUUAGUAGAGCUCACAGAAAUGUAUUGCCCUUACCUUGUAUCCUAGCAACUGACAGGAUUACCAUUGAAGUUUGUGAGUGUUUUCUAAAUGGUAAUGCCUCUUCCUCCCUAGAUGGUUUGUUAUCCAGCUGAUCUCACAAUGCAAAUCUUUGUCUGCAAUAAAUGAUUCAGAAAAUAAACUUUUUGACUUA